AUGGGCCGUCAACCCUUAUGGUUUAUACAAAUUUCUCAACUUAAUCAAACAAAUACUAUAUCUACAACUUGGCCUUCUCUUAAUCUACCUUCUACAAAUACCUUUAUUAAUACUAUUGACCUCUUAUCUACAUCUUUCCUCUCUAAUCCAUCCUCAUUUCUUCAAAUUUCUUAUACAAAUAAUCAACAAAUUUAUCUUUCUCAUCAAAUUAAUCCUACACAACUCAAUAUUUACAAAGUUACAAAUUCAACACCUGGUCUUAUUUCACUUACUUCCUCUAUAUUACCAUCUUUACCAACCUUUUAUUCUUUUAAACUUCCUUACAAUCAACUUAAGUUUUAUGAUAAUCAAUUACAAAUUGACUAUCAAGAAAUUUUAGCUCUCAUUCAUAUUAAUAAUCAUUCUUUAGUACCAACUACUCUUCCACCUCAACUCUAA